UGGAGCGGCUGGCGCGGCUGCCCCCUCCCCCGGCGCCCCUCCGGCCCCCUCCACGCCUGGGCACCGCGACAGGCGGGCGGACGGACGGCCCUCGGGGGCCGCGCUCAUACGGACGGCAGCCGGGCGCUCGGUCGGUCGCUUACUGCCCGCCACCGCCGCCCCCACGAGACGCGAGACAUGUGCCUGCGACCCUGAAGCGCCGCGCCACCCUCUCAGGAUGCUUGUGAUACUUUUGUUCGCGAUCGCCAGCGUCGGCCACAGUUUGCAGAGCAACUCGUCAGAGGCGACUCGGAGAAGCAGCAGACAAACGAAUCUGCGCGAGCUGUGCGGCGGAGGCGGUCCCAGAUGCUACGCAGAAAAAGGUUCAAUGGGUCCCCCGGGCCUGUCAGGGCUGUCGGGCGAGAAGGGACAGCAGGGCUACCCUGGCAUGGAGGGCCUGCCGGGGCCCAAGGGCGACAAAGGUGACUCAGGACCGCAGGGCCCUCGCGGCCCCAAAGGAGACAGGGGUAAGAUGGGCAUGCCAGGCUUCCCAGGCAUCAACGGCGUUCCGGGGGUGCAGGGUCCGCCGGGUUCGCAGGGUCUGCCUGGGCUGGACGGCUGCAACGGCACCGACGGCCAACCAGGGCUGCCGGGGCUCAACGGCGAGCAGGGGCCAAGAGGUCUGCCCGGAGUCUCAGGCUCCAAGGGUGAGAAGGGCGAACCUGCCUACAGCGGCGUCUUCCCGAAGGGCCAGAAAGGAGAACCAGGUCGUGACGGAUUCGCGGGCACGCGCGGGCCUCAGGGCGCGUCCGGAGUGCCGGGCUACCCUGGUCCAAAGGGUGAACGCGGACCCUUGGGUCCGGUCGGUCCUCGCGGCCCAGCCGGACUGAAAGGACAGAUGGGCGUCGGCUUCCAAGGCGAACCUGGAACGAAGGGUGACAAGGGUGACCCUGGUCCGCCUGGCUACUCCACCCAGGAACCGAGCGGCGGAGGAAACAACAUCACGGUCGGACCUCGCGGCGACCACGGCGACAAGGGUGACAGGGGUGAACUUGGCCUGCAGGGCUUCCCAGGAUCCCAGGGCCGACAAGGAGAUCCCGGCUACCCUGGCGAGAUCGGCAUGAAGGGCGAGAAGGGCCUCCCAGGGCCACCAGGUCCCAGGGGUCGAGACGGUUUGGCUGGACCUCCUGGAGUUCAGGGCAUGAAAGGUGACCGUGGCAAUGAGGGAAUUCCUGGUCUGCCGGGCCGACCUGGACUCAAGGGCGAGCCAGGUCGCGAUGGCGGGGAGGGACAGCAGGGUCUUCGGGGUCCUCCAGGCCCUCCAGGGGGCGGAAAAGGGACACCGGGUCCUCAGGGACUUCCCGGCCCUCGCGGCUACCCUGGCUCCCCUGGACCGAAAGGACUGGAUGGAUUCCCAGGUGAUCCGGGCCCACGAGGUCCCGUAGGGCCCAAGGGUGGCAUGGGCGAGCCAGGAAAGAACGGCCCUGAGGGUUUCCCUGGCGAGAAAGGCAGCAAGGGUGAAGGAGGACUCCAAGGCUUCCCUGGCCAGCCCGGCCCCAGGGGCUACCAGGGUCUUCCUGGGCCGCAAGGACUCAGGGGCGCCCCCGGUGAGCGAGGACAGUCCAUCGAAGGACCGCCCGGCAAGAACGGAAUUCCAGGAAGGGACGGACCAAAGGGUGACAAGGGUGAAAAGGGUUUCGUAGGGCGUCAGGGUGCGCCUGGCGACUCUUUGCUAGGAACACCGGGCAACCCUGGCGUACCUGGCCGGAAGGGCGACGCCGGUAAGGACGGACGACCUGGCCAGCCGGGACUUCCGGGUGUUCAGGGCGACAAAGGUGAAAUCGGCGGCCGCUGCUCCGACUGCAGACCUGGCGACAAGGGUGAGAAGGGCUCCGAGGGCCGCGAAGGCUUCCCUGGGCUCCAGGGCGCCAGAGGACCUUCAGGAGAGCGCGGUUACCCUGGCGAGCGGGGCGACACCGGAAACCCAGGAGUGACCGGUGAUCCUGGUCCACCAGGCAAGGACGGCAUUCAAGGAAACAUCGGCGCGCCAGGACCACCAGGUCGUGACGCCAUCCUCGACGGCAGCUUCAUCAAGGAGAUCAAGGGAGACAGGGGUGACCCUGGCAUUCAGGGUCCACUUGGCUUCAAGGGGGACAAGGGAUUCGCCGGCCUGCCAGGCCUGCCCGGUACCAUCGGCUUUCCAGGCGUGAAAGGCGACAAGGGUGAACGUGGUUUCCCUGGCAACGAUGGAGUGAGCGGAAGGCCAGGAAUCCCCGGAGUGAAAGGCGAGAAAGGCUUCAGCCUUAUCGGAAGGCCAGGAGAGCCGGGUGCCGAGGGCCCGCCAGGAGACAAAGGAAUUCCAGGAAAAGACGGUCCUCCGGGUGAGCCAGGAGUCUGCCCGCCAUUGGACCUGACCGCCGGCUUCAAGGGAGAACCUGGUGCGAAGGGCGAGCCAGGAGUGGCAGGCGGGCAGGGCUACCAGGGUCCGGCAGGACAAAAGGGCGACAGGGGACCCAACGGCUUCCCUGGCAGCCCUGGCCUUCAGGGUGACCCCGGACCGAUCGGACCCCGCGGCCUCCCAGGACCACGCGGUGAUAAGGGCAACGAGGGUCCCAUGGGAUUCCCAGGCGAGCCUGGAAAGGACGGAACACCCGGUUACCCUGGCGCCAGAGGAGACAAAGGUUUGAAGGGCGAGGCUGGAAUUCCAUCGGUUGGUCCACCAGGACCGUCAGGUCGCGACGGACAACCUGGUGAGAAGGGUCUUCCUGGUCUGCCGGGUAAACACGGUUCUCCGGGACUUCAGGGGCCACCCGGCCUACCUGGCGAGAAGGGAGACACUGGUGUGCCUGGACUCGCAGGAUUGGAGGGCCCGGUCGGUGGAAAGGGUGAUCCUGGACCACUCGGACCACCGGGCGUGCCAGGAAUACCAGGUCCGCAAGGCACUUCAGGUCCCAAGGGCGAACCAGGUUUGCCUGGAGAAGCAGGUCGGCAAGGUCUCCCUGGAUUCCCUGGACAGAAGGGUGACGCAGGAAUUCCCGGAGUGGAGGGACCUCCUGGUUACUCUGGGGCGCGAGGCUACCCUGGACUGAGUGGGCUUCCGGGCCAGGACGGCGUUCCCGGACUCAAAGGCAACAAGGGCGAGCAGGGCUUCAGCGGAAUGCCUGGCGUCGACGGUAAUCCAGGCGUUCAGGGUCUCACAGGGCUUCCGGGUGAAAAGGGCAACCAAGGGCCAAUCGGCCCCCCUGGCAUGCCUGGCGUCUUCGGUCUGGACGGCGAGAAGGGUGACCGGGGCCUGCCCGGCCUUCCUGGUAUGAAAGGGUCCGCGGGUCUGGUGUCUGAAAAGGGCCAGAAGGGCGAGCCCGGUCUGCCUGGUGUGCAGGGCCAGCCAGGGUUGCCGGGCUUCGACGGCCGCCCCGGAGCCAAGGGCGACGCAGGACUGCCAGCCAUCGGCGUGCCAGGGUUCCCAGGGGCCAAGGGUGAACCUGGCUUCCCUGGGGCGCCAGGUUUGAACGGAAUCGACGGUGAGAAGGGAAUGCCUGGUCUGCCAGGCUUCCCGGGAAUGCGCGGCGACAAGGGCGAACGAGGACCUUACGGAGAACCUGGCCGACCUGGCAUCGACGGCCUCAACGGACUGAAGGGUGACCAAGGACCUGAAGGCCAGAGAGGCUUCCCUGGUGCGAAGGGUGACAAAGGACAGCCUGGCUUCUCCGGGCUGGAGGGCCUGAAGGGUGAACUCGGCAGCACAGGUCUUCCCGGCAUGCCUGGCGUUCAGGGCGAGCGAGGCGACAAAGGUGAAAGAGGGCCGUCCGGCCCAACAGUCGACGUCAAGGGCGAAAAGGGUGAGCCAGGACGCGCGGGAAUGAUCGGCGCAACUGGCCAGAAGGGUGACACUGGCCUGGAUGGCCUUGAAGGACUUCGUGGUGACAAGGGCUUCGAUGGUCCUCAGGGAGCACCGGGACUCACGGGCGCACCUGGGUUCCCAGGUGCCAAGGGCGACACUGGAGACGCCGGACCUCAGGGAAUUCCUGGACAAACCGUCAAGGGCGAAAAGGGACUUCCGGGCGCGCCUGGAAAGCACGGACGCGAGGGACCAGCUGGACUCAAGGGACAGAUGGGCGACAAGGGCUUCCCUGGUUUGCCGGGCAUUCAGGGCGCUCCUGGCCUGCCUGGUCCACUGGGACCUCCUGGUCCGCAGGGUGAGACUGGUCAGCCAGGUUUCCCAGGCCCGCCAGGGCGAGACGGUGUGCCAGGCGUCAAGGGUAACCAGGGUCCGGAAGGUCUGCCAGGCAUGAAAGGUGACACCGGUCCUCCGGGAGCGUUCGGCGUUCCUGGAGAAAAGGGCGACAAGGGAAUGCCAGGUUUCAACGGGAGGGACGGCACAAAGGGAAUAAAGGGCGAUGCUGGAUUGGACGGUCGUCCGGGACAGGACGGCUUGAAGGGUGAAAUCGGCCUGCCAGGAAUUCCAGGUGUUCGCGGGCUGCCUGGAUAUGUUGGCCUUAAGGGUGACAAGGGUUUAAAGGGUGAACAGGGCAUUGUGCCAAUCGCUCCACUCAUACGCGGAGAUAUCGGCCCCAAAGGCGAGCCAGGUUUCCCAGGCGCAAAGGGUGACAAGGGAGAGAGGGGCUACCCUGGGCUGGACGGCAUGAAGGGCGUCGACGGCUGGCCAGGCAAGGACGGCCUGCCGGGACCCAUGGGGCCGCCAGGACCCAAGGGCGAGCCUGGCAUCGACGGACUCCCAGGAAGAAACGGUAUCGACGGGCUGCCAGGUCGCAUUGGCGAACCAGGCCAACCCUGCGAGACGACGCCCGACUACAUGACCGGAAUCCUGCUCGUGAAACACAGCCAGAGCUCGGAGGUGCCAAGGUGCGACCCUGGCCAGGUCAAGCUGUGGGACGGAUACAGCUUGCUCUACAUCGAAGGAAACGAAAAAGCCCACCACCAAGAUUUAGGAUUCGCCGGGUCGUGCGUGAAGAAGUUCUCGACGAUGCCGUUCCUGUUCUGCGACUUCAACAACGUGUGCAACUACGCGAGCCGCAACGACAAGUCGUACUGGCUCAGCACGACGGCGCCCAUUCCCAUGAUGCCCGUCAUGGAGUCCGAGAUCAAAAAGUACAUUUCGAGGUGCAGCGUGUGCGAAGUGCCGGCCAACGUCAUGGCCGUCCACUCGCAGUCAAACAACAUUCCAGACUGUCCGGCUGGUUGGAACGGUCUGUGGAUCGGCUGGAGCUUCGUCAUGCACACGGCGGCGGGCGCGGAGGGCGGCGGGCAGUCGCUGGCGUCGCCAGGGUCGUGCCUGGAGGACUUCCGGGCGACGCCGUUCAUCGAGUGCAACGGCGCGCGCGGCUCGUGCCACUACUUCGCCAACAAGUUCAGCUUCUGGCUGGCGACGGUGGAGGAGCGGGACCAGUUCGUGGCGCCGCGCUCCGAGACCCUGAAGGCGGGCAGCCUGCGCACCAGGGUCAGCCGCUGCCAGGUGUGCAUCAAGAGCAACUAGGACUUUUCUCCCUCUCGUCGGUCGUUUUAUUCUCUCUCUUAAGGUUUAAUAUAAUAAUUAUUACUGAUUAUUGUGAUAAUUCAUUAUUUUUUUCCUCGCUGUACGAUAUUAUUAAUAAUUUAACGAGUUAGUUUCCUUGUCGCUGAGACGAGUGCCAUAAAAUGUGUUCUUCUGUACAUUACAUUCACCUGCACAGGCAAUAACCACCAGUCACUGCCAAAAAUUUAUUAUUUUUUGUGUAACGCGCAACCACUAUUAAUUUAAAUAAAAAGUUACGGCUUCGAAUCGACAAAUUAAAACCAAA